GUCUGCUUGACUUUGGUCACCGCUGUUUUCAUGUUUGUGUCUUCUUCUUCCAUGUGUUUAACCUCACGACAGUUAUGAUGAAGUUGGCGUUGCUGCGCAGGUUAACUUCCCAGGUUGUGUCCUGUACCAGAGGAUCAUGUCUGCUUACAGGCCGGAUUUCUCGUGGUUUGCCUCCAUCUCCAAGUCAUGCACCAACCCAAGAGCGAUGCAAUGGACUCUUUGCUGCUAAAAUUGCAUCCUCAGUCAGAUACUCAGACUUAGCCUCACAGAAGUACUCUGUGAUUUACACCCUUCCACAUAUUAAGCUGCUCAGAGCCAUUUCCAGGCUUAAACUAUUUCAGACGGUAAUCACUGGCCUCAUCUUGCCCCCGGUGUAUGUCCUUUACUUCCAGGGAGACGCCUCAAUCUUUCUAGUCAGCUAUGCAACAGGAAUUGCAGUGUUUGCCGGUGUCAUGCUGUACACUGCCAGUCACUUCUUCAGGAGGGUUGUUGGGAUGAUGUACCUGGAUCAGUCACAGACCAUGCUCAAAGUUGCACACCUCACUUUCUGGGGUAAGCGCCAAGAUUUCUAUCUGCCUGUGUCAGAUGUUAUGACCAUCGCGGACACAGGAGACUCUGCAAAGGAGACCAUCCAGAAAUUUAAGAGAUACAGCACUCCAGAGACAUUGUAUUUUUCCACUCAUUUUGGGAGAGUGGUGGACAAACAGGGGUUUGAGAAGGUGUUUGGCAGUUUAAAAUGACACUUUUGUUUAGCAUGUAAAAAGAUAAAUAUGAUUUUACCCAAAUAUUCCUGCAAAAAUAUAAGUAUAAGCUAAAUGGGUUGUACAUGAUAAAUAAUAAAAAUGUUAAUAUACAGCUGAAAA